UUUAGUUUGGGGGUUAGACUCUCCAUCCACACCCUCUUUAAUACCCCCUAUCAACAAUGCAUCCCAAUGCAAAGCCAAACAUUGCAAUCACAAUGGAGAUUUUGCUAGUUUUAUAAAUCUCAAAUUGGUUGUCCAAACCUAUCAAGAUCAAAAAAACCAAAAGGAAAACACACCAUGCCUUCUUCAAUCUUCAAACUCUCAAGCUUCCUCGUGGCAUCAAUGGCGAUCAUCUUUCUCUUCCCAUCUCUACAUUCAUUUCCACCAGCGGAGGCAAUAAGAUCAUCAUCACUUCUCUUGAUCACCCACAAUUCAAUUCACCAAUUCUCAUACAAAAAAUCAACAAGAGCAUUCAAGAACAAUGCAAUCCAAUGUGAGUCUCAUCAAACUUCUUCGAUACACAUUGCUAUGACUCUUGAUGUUGCAUAUCUCCGUGGCACCAUCGCAGCCGUCCAUUCCAUUCUCCACCACUCUCUAUGUCCUAAAAACAUCUUUUUCCAUUUCAUCGUCGACUCUGACUCUGACACUGACACCGAUCUUUAUCAAUCUCUCCUAAAAUCAAUCUUUCCAUCAUUGACAUUCAAAAUUUACAUUUUUGACCCCAAGAUUAUGAGGCAUAGAAUUUCAUCUUCAGUGAGGCAACCACUAGAACAACCAUUGAAUUAUGCGAGAAACUACUUGGCUCAUCUUCUUGAGCCUAGUGUCCAAAAAGUUAUAUACUUGGAUUCUGAUUUGGUGGUGGUUGAUGAUAUAUCAAAGCUAUGGAUGACAAAUCUUGAUACAAGAGCGAUCGGAGCGCCUGAAUACUGCCACACAAACUUUACUAAAUACUUCACCACCAAUUUUUGGUCGGAGAACCGAUUUUCAAAGACAUUCAAUGGCCGGAAACCAUGUUACUUCAAUACAGGGGUGAUGAUAAUUGAUCUGGUGAAAUGGAGGCAAAAUGGGUACACAAAAAAGAUUGAAAGGUGGAUGGAAAUUCAGAGGGAUCAUAGGAUCUAUGAGCUUGGAUCACUUCCACCAUUUUUGCUGGUUUUCGCCGGACACGUGGCACCGGUGGAGCACAGGUGGAAUCAACAUGGGCUUGGAGGAGACAAUGCAAAUGGUAGUUGCAGAGAUAUGCACCCUGGUCCAACUAGCCUACUUCACUGGAGUGGCGGUGGCAAGCCUUGGCUUCGGCUAGACUCGAACCUACCGUGCCCCCUCGACUGGGUUUGGGCUCAGUAUGACUUGUACAAACAUUCAUUGUGAUCGGAGGUGGUUGUCGGCGGUGUGUUUCUUAACGGUUCAAAGUUGAAGCACAUGGUGUUCUCGAACAGUUUCCUCAAAGCAUUUCAGACGAAGAAAAUUUUCAUUUUAUAGGGCCGAGCAUUUUUCUUAGGGCGAGAUCCAAUCUCUUGGUCCCUCUAGAAAGGAAAAAUAAUUUCAAAAAAAAAAAAAAAUGGAAAGUAGAAUAAAAGGAAACCAACUCCCAUUGAAUAAGUUGCAAUCAAGAAGAAAUAAAAAAAAUAAAGUUGGAAAAGGAAGAUAGUGUUGGUGUUGAAGGCAGUCACUCUGUUUGAUUUUGACUUUUCAAAUAUAAUUUUUAAAAUUUUCA